AUGGCUCCUCCCACCAAUCUCAACCACGAAAAUGCCUCCCUGGACAAGCCCCCGAGCUAUGAAGUCUGCUGGGAACUCAACGACCCCGAAAACCCUCGUCUCUGGCCGCUAUGGUAUAGAGGCCUCAUUGUGGUGACAAUGAGCCUCGGUGCCACGGUAGUCAGUCUCUUCAGCACACUCUAUACGUCCGGAAUCCCCGGCCUGGAGUCCGAGUUCCACGUUUCAAAAACCAUCGCGCUCCUGGGCGUCACCACCUACAUGCUCGGCAUGGCCUUUGGGACCAUCAUAUCCGCGCCGUUGAGUGAGAUGGUCGGGCGCCGGCCUGUGUAUAUAGUUUGCCUGGCGAUAUUUGUGUUGCUAGUCCUGCCGAGCGCAUUGGCGCGGAACAUUGAAGCAAUAUUGAUCGCCAGGUUCUUCGGCGGUCUCUUCGGCAGCGCGAUCAUGGGCAACUCCCCUGCUUCGGUGAAUGAUAUAAUCUCUGACCGGCAUCGUGCCAUGGCGUUUGGGAUCUGGUCAAUUGGGCCGACCAAUGGGCCGGUGUAUGGUCCUAUCAUUGGCGGGUUUGUGUAUGAGUAUUUGGGCUGGCGGUGGACGAACUGGAUUGUUCUGAUCUUUGGCGGUGCUGUCUUCGUCCUGAUGUGUUGUAUCAAGGAGACGUAUGCCCCGGUGAUUCUUCGAAGGCGCGCAGCAAGGCGCCGAAAGGAGACAGGAGAUCCUAACUGGUGGACGCGAUAUGAUAGCCAGGUGGCGGGGGAUCUGUCGACGCGGCUCACUACCAGUCUCAGCCGCCCGUUCGUCAUGCUCUUGACCGAGCCCAUCUGCAUAUUCUGGGACAGCUACGUCGCCCUCGUCUACGGCGUCCUCUACCUCUGCUUCGUCGCCUACCCGAUCGCCUUCCAAACACAGCGCGGCUGGCCCCCUCACCUCAGCGGCCUUUCGUUCGUCGGUAUCGGCACCGGCGUGGUCAUCGCCAUUGCAUGCGAGCCUCUCUUCCGCAAGGUUAUUGACAGACACCGCAAGGACCCGUCAACCGGCGAAGUGGCCCCCGAGGCAAUGGCCAGUAUCGUCGUUUUCGGCGCGAUCCUCCUCGCGGCCGGCCAGCUGUGGUUCGCGUGGACCUGCACGCCGGAUGUCCAUUGGAUCGCACCGAUUCUCGCAGGCGUGCCGUUUGGCGCGGGGAAUGCCUGUGUGUUUAUCUAUGCUACCAACUACAUUGCCCGCUCUUAUGGGGAGUAUACUGCCUCUGCGCUGUCGGGGAAUAUGUUCGUGCGCAGUCUGAUGGGGGCUUGUCUGCCGCUUGCGGGGCCAUCGAUGUAUGGUGCUCUCGGGCUCAAUUGGGCGAGUACGUUGCUAGGGAUUGUGGAGGCAGUUUGUGUAUCUAUUCCUGUUGUCUUUUACUUCCAGGGCCAUAGGAUUCGGAAGGCGAGUCGGAUUAUACAGGAGAUUGAGAAGAGCAAAGAGGGUAUGUGA